UCAUGUGCCUAUUCGGGAUAUAUUCGUAGUAUUUAUAUCAAAGUGUGUUUGGUCGGAAUCGAUGAAUCAUUUCAUUUUAUUCUGACGAUAAUGUCUCAAGUCUUGUAUGGAAAAAGGAAAAGCUGAUGAAAUGAUAAGAAUGACGAAGAAGAAGAAGAAGGAGAACAUAAUCGUCCAGUUCGUCUGGUCGUGUGUCACCUCUUUUCCACCCACCCCUCCACAUUUUGGCGAUUUUCCAAAGAUAUGGUGUACUUUUCAUCGAUUUUUGCAUUAUUAUUAUUUUCAUUUAUUUUCACAGUUGGAUUGUGUUAUCAAACAAGAUUCAAACGGGAUUUCAUGUUGAUAACAGAUGGUAAUAUGACAGAUGCCAAGUGCUUCGAAGGGUGCCAACAAGAGUACCGUACGAAAUUCGAGUACACCCUCAACCAGUCGCUCUCAGAAUUCUACGAUUUUCCAUUUCAUCCGGUGGUGCUCGAGAGCUCGUCGUUUCAGUUGUAUUGUAAGCUUUCGGAGCAAAAAACGAAAUGUUUCGCGGAAAAGUGCAAUGAUUAUGCCGCCGAAAACUCAUUUUCCCCGUCGAAUUUUGUGUGCAUUUUCAAGAAGAGUCUAUUCGAAAAAGCCCUGAAAUGUUUGGCAAAAACGGAGCCCAUCACAUUCUUAAAAUGUGAUCAUGAAUGCCACGAGGAAAUCGUUCGCACUGACCAUCUCAAACAAUCAACUCCAAACAAUCAGAAUCAGAUUUUUGUCUCAACAGAGUUGGCAACAUAUGAGACUGAAUUGGAUAAGCUAUGCAGGUUUCAGACUUGUUACAUGAAUUGUAUGGUUCCGGUGGUGAAAGAGAUGUGUGACGAUGAAGAAUCAAAAUCAGCAAUCGAAAUCGUCGAGGCGUACGUCCAAUGGCACGCCGAUGAUAUUUCCGACUGGCAUUCGAUCACAGGGAAUGAUGAUACACUACCAAAAGCCUGUCAUUCUCUGGUCAAAACACAUACCAGAACAGAUGACCCGAUAUUGCAAAUUAUAGGAAAUGCCGCAUUGUAAAUUGAAGAAUUUCGACAGGAAAUGCAAAAGAUCUAGACUUGGAUAGCUUUAAAUGAAGAUUUUUUUUGUUGAAAUA